AUGGCGCAACUCAGCCUCUCGUCCAAGUACAAGAUGCUCUCGGGCUACGAGAUCCCCGUCCUGGGCUUCGGUACCGCAGCUUCACCAGAGAAAAACUUCACCAUCGGCCACGAGAAAUCCGUCGCAGCAAACGUGCACGCCCUGAAAUGCGGCUACCGGCACUUUGACUCGGCGCGCCUGUACAACAGCGAGCGGGCCUGCGGCGAAGCCAUCCGCGCCUCCGGCCUCCCGCGCGGCGAAGUCUUCGUCACGACCAAGGUGUUUGAGGCCGGGUACGAGAAGACGAAGCAGGCGGUGGAGGCGAGUCUGCAGGAGACGGGGCUCGAGUACAUCGACCUGUACCUGAACCACGGUCCGUACGGGGGGCCGGAGGUGAGAAAGGGCACGUGGAGGGCCUUGGUGGAGGCGCAGAAGGAGGGCAAGGUCCGGUCCAUUGGCGUGUCCAACUACGGGGUGCACCACCUCGAGGAGACGCUGGCGUACAUCGAGGAGCUCGAGGGCGAGCUGGGCAAGGGCAACGCGGGCGAGCUGAGCGUCGGGCAGUGGGAGCUGCACCCGUGGCUGGCGCACCCGGACAUUGUCGAGUGGUGCCGCAAGCACGGCGUCGUGGUCGAGGCGUACUGCCCGCUCGCCAAGGGGCAGAGGUUCGAGGAGCCGGCAGUCAAGGCGCUGGCGGACAAGUACGGGAAGAGCGGCGCGCAGGUUCUGCUGCGGUGGAGCUUGCAAAAGGGCUUUGUGCCGUUGCCCAAGAGCGAGACGCCGGCGAGGAUCGAGUCGAAUGCGGACGUGUUUGAUUUCGAGCUGACGGAGGAGGACAUGGCGUUGCUGGAGUUUGAUUCUUAUGCGCCUACGACGUGGGAUCCUACGGUUAGCCCUCUUGACAACUGA